GGUCUGCCACCAACUUGAAGAUGGUCGUGGGUUUCGCCGGGUUCUGCCCGGUUUCCUCCCACCAUAAUGUUGGCCGCCAUCGUAUAAGUGAAAUAUUCUUGAAUACGGCGUGAAACUCCAAUCAACUAAGAGACAUUUGCAAUUCGGGAACGCCACUACACUCGCCAUAACAGAGCAGCCGUCAUCAAAUCAGCACCCUAUGAGCAGACAGUGGCCGUGAUAUUUCUGCUCUUCACGGCCAAUAAAACGGCAACCUUUCAAAAACACUUUUUACUUGGCGUUUUCAGUUUCUCCAUUGUUUUUACUAGAAGUUACUGCGAAUGGGGACACGAUUUUCAAUGUAAAAUUUCAAUGAAACCGACAUUUAAUGAAGCAAGCAUGCUGCCGUUAGGUUAAAACAUGAGCUGUUGAGUGAAAAUUAGCACUCAGCUCCCGAGAUCCCGCGACAUACCUGUUGAAAAGAUGGCGGCCUUCUGAGAGACGAAAUUGACUUAUAAAUAAAUCUAAAUCCCCGAAUGCACUGUAUAAAUUCCUGUCAUUGAAACCAAGUUCAAGUUAUACUACAAGCACGAUCCAGGCAGUAAACGGCCCCGCGGCAGGUGCUCGAAAAUGGCGGCGGUGGCGAAUCGAAUGGAUGAGCUUGUCACAGAUUAUCUGCUAUUUCGUGGAUUAACUGGAAGCUUAAGGACUUUGGAAACGGAACUUAAAAAUGAUAAGGAGAAAGGCCUCAGGGUGGACAAAAUCGUCGAACAAAUUCAAGGUUUUAUUACAACCUAUGAUCUAUCAGCUUUGAGAGAGUGUUGGUCAUAUCUCAGUAACAAAUUCUUCAAUCGGCUUGAGCAGAAAUACAUGAACAGUGUUCGUAAGCUGGAGGUGGGGCUGUUUAAGUACUAUUUGGUGAAUGCCUCACAAAAUAACCGAACUGACAAAGUGAGAGAGUUCUUUGAAGUGAUGACACCAGAGCUCCAGAAUCAGUCUGAAUUUAAGGAAUGGUUCACUCUGCCCUUUAUUCGCACACCAGAAGAGAACAGCAGUUUUGCUAUAUACUUUACACGUCAGUGGCAAGACACGUUUUUCCUCUCCUUCCACAAUUUUAUAAGCGUCAUGCUCCAAGCCAUGCCUGCUCCAGUAUUGUUAACAUUCGAACAAGACCAGAAGAAAAUGAGGGCUUUGAGGGAAGAAAAUGAGUCUUUAAAAGCUCAGAUUCGUAAUCAUCCAGACUUUCAGACUAAGUCUCGUAGCCAAACUGUCACAAAUCCCAUGGAACUAAUGGAUGAUUUCUUCUCAAUAUCAGGAGAUGUUGCUGAGCAGGAAACACAGUCAAAGGCCAGAAGCGAAAAGAAGUUCUUCCAGUUUCCUUCCUCUCCACUAAUGCGGAAGUCUACAAACUCCAAGCCAGCUGUCAACUCUGAUGGAAAUAGAUCAGGUCAGGGUCUAGGGUCAGAUAGUCGAGCAGAAUCUGAGAAGGAAGACGUCCAGCCGACUAGCGGUAGAAUUAGGAGUACACUCCAGGGCCAAGGCCAGCGCUCAGGACAGGUGCUGCCUCCUACCAGCGAUUACCCCCAGGGGCAGGUAACAAGGAAUACUCCUGUGACAACCCCAGAACUGAGACAUAGAAAAGCAGAAGAGAAUGGGAAACAGAAAAGAGAAAAGAAAAUGGAGGAGUUUGACAGGCAGAGGAAAGAGCUGUUUGGUGCCCCCAAACCUGAUAUCAGGAAACCAAAAGAUAAGAGAAACAGUGUGAGUGACACCCCAGUAUCUCAGAACCGGCCAGAUGCCCCUGGGGAGAGUAGUAGCACCAACACUGAACCCUCCCCAUCCUCACUCACAGAGACCAGGGACAGGGGCAUGGGGCAAGAUCACACAACUGAAUGUCCAUUUCUUCUACUCAGUCAGGAGGAAUACAGUGAGCAUCAUUCCACAAUCUCCAACUGUAGUUUUAGUAUCACAGGACAGUAUAUUGUCAGCUCAGAUGUGGAUGGAGUUGUUAAAGUCUGGACCUGGAGUCCUCAACCUGUGACCAGAGCUACCAUUAUGUCCAAGUCUUCCUUCCUGUCUCUCAGUUGGACCAGUAAAACAGACAGACUGUUGCUGCUUGGUAAUAAAUCUGGGAAUGUCAAAUUGUUUGACGUGAAGGAUAUCAAAACAAUCUGUGAUGUGUCAAUGGACCCAGCAUAUCCAAGAGUGAUAUCCCUUUGCUGUAACCCUGCUGGCUCCCAGUUCGUGUGUUCAGCCUCUGCUGACAAGAGUAAAUCCAGCAGUGCUGGUGAGGUAUCGUCAGGGCGGGUCGGCAGGCUGUCUGUAUGGGAACUCAAGAGCAUGAAGAUGAAUGGUACUCUGCCUAUAGGUCCCAGCCCCUCCUCUGUGAACUGCACCUGUUACAACCACAACGGCCAGCUGUUGCUGACAGGGGCAGAGGAUGGUUCCAUCAGGCUGUUUGACAUGAGACAGCUGUCAUGUUUAGCCCAGUGGUCAGCUCAUGAAGGAGAAGUCCUGUCAGUCCAAUUCAGCUCUGAUGAAACUUCCUGUUUUUCCAUGGGAGGUGAUGGAAAGUUCAUGCAGUGGAGUAUCAACAAUCAAGGGAGACGACUGGCUGACCUCGCAGUCCACCCUGGAGCUUGCCCCGUACUACCAUCUGCCCUCCCCAAUUCUUCUAGUGAACUCCCACGUGGAAAGUUGUUCUCCUUCGAUUCAGAGGGCAAAUAUGUCCUUACUUGUGGGAGAUUAGGGGGGACAAUCUAUCAGCACACCAACAACAUGUAUGGAUUGGCCAAAAUAAUGGAGUUGAAAGGUCAUCGAAGUGGAGUUACAACAGUGGACUGGUCUCCAUCAGUGGACACUCGCGUGUGUUUGACAGGAGCCAUGGACGGCAAAGUCAAGGUGUCCACUCUGCUUUCACGCUGAACUUCAAGGUCAAAGUGUCCAAACUACUAUCACGCUGAACUUCAAAGUCAAGGCAUCCACACUGACCCUCAAGGUCAAGGUCUUAAUUUUUCAUGAUGUUGUGUUUUUAGUGUUGUUAUUCAGUUGAUCUUAAUUUUCAUUUUAAAUACCUGUAGUUAUAAAUUUAAAAUUCAGCCUACCUGAAUAUGAUCAUGUGUGCAUCUAGGUGUAAAUACCUGUUGUUCUAAAAGAUAUAAUUAGGGAUUGGAUUGACCAAAGAUUACAAUACUGAUAGCUGCUAUUCUUAAACGUAUAUAAUUCAGAUUUAUGUAUGUUCACUGUUGUAAAUGUUUAUCAUGGCAAAAACCAUAACGUUUUGAGAUUGUGAGAUUAAUCAAUUGUGCAAUAAUUCAGUGCUGACAUCCUAAAUAUAUAUUGUCUGAUCUCCUAUCACCGACAUGCUGGUGAGCAUGUGCUCCU